AUGGAUGUGAUGGAGCAAUCUGCAGUUAUAAAUCCAAUCAAUGUUUCUUCUCAAUUCUCCUACUCUCCAUCUUCUUCUUCUUCACCACCUUCUUCUCACCAUUCCUCUCCGAGUACUUUCACUUCUCGUUCAAAGUCUUCUCAAAGUCUUGCUCCACCUUCAGCGGCCACGCCCCCUCCUCCUCCAGUUGUUAUUAGCCCUUGUGCUGCCUGCAAAAUCCUUCGCCGGCGAUGCGUUGACAAGUGUGUUUUAGCUCCUUAUUUUCCUCCUACCGAACCAUAUAAGUUCACCAUUGCUCAUAGGGUCUUCGGAGCUAGCAACAUCAUCAAGUUUUUGCAGGAACUUCCAGAGUCUAAGAGAGCAGAUGCAGUAAGCAGCAUGGUUUAUGAAGCCAAUGCUAGGAUCAGAGACCCAGUUUAUGGCUGUGCUGGUGCCAUUUCUCAUCUUCAAAAACAAGUUAAUGAUCUCCAAGCACAACUGGCUAAGGCACAAGCUGAGGUAGUGAACAUGCAAUGCCAACAAGCCAAUUUAGUUGCUCUACUUUGCAUGGAAAUGACACAGUCUCAACAAGAACCCAUCUUGCAACAACAUCAACACGUUGAUACAAGCUGCUUUCUUGACGAGAACAACUUGGGCACAUCAUGGGAACCUCUUUGGACAUGA